CUUCCUCCUCCCUUUGCUGUAGCUGCAGAAAAGCAGGGGGUUCCCCUACUCAGGAAAGACUGCCUUAUAGGUCUGCCUUCUGACAGAUGCCGCUUCAGAUCUCAGUGGCCUCCUUGAGUUCAGGACCAUAAGCCUUGGGGACAGCAGGUUGACACCCGUUUGGCAGGAAGCUCAGAAGCUCCAUAACGUUCAGGGGACAAAAGCAUGGCCAAGGAGCUGUCUCGAGAGCAGGAGGCUGCAUUCAAGGCAGCCUUUGACGAGGCUGACUUGAAUAAAGAUGGCAAGAUCAGCAUCCAGGAGCUGCGUGAGGUGUUGAAGAAGCUGGGCAAGAACAUCUCAGAGGAAGAGCUGAAACUACUGAUGGGCAGCGUGGACAAGGAUGGAGACGGUGCCAUCAGCUUCCAGGAAUUCCUGGAUGCGAUGAAGAAGCACAUGAAGCCCCCGAACAGUGAGGAGAUGCGAGCUGCCUUCCACACCUUUGAUAUCAACGGUGACGGUCACAUCACCUCGGAAGAGCUCAAACAGACCAUGGACAAGCUGGGCGUGAAUCUUUCUCAGGACGAGCUGGACACUAUGAUCCAACUGGCUGACGUGGACAAGGAUGGGAAGGUGAACUACGAGGAGUUCUUGCGGGUCCUGAACCAGAAGUGAGGCCUUACCUUGUCUCUGUCUCCCUGACGUUGGCCUGCCAGGUUCUGGUGCCCUCUCAGGGACCCUGCUUUUGUGGCUGAGCUAUAGGUGGAUAGUCUGGGUUGGUGGAUGGGAAAUUACCUCAUGGAUGAGGAAGACUUUGCUCUCUUGGGCCUGGAAGCUGGGUGGUCUGGGAUUGCUAAUGAGAUCUGUGCCUACUGAUUCCCUGGGUGAAAGGCGGCCUUCUUGGUCUGGUCCCUCCUUUUUUUCCCCACAGUGUGAUGGGUGCCCCUUACCUCACA